GUGGGGUGUGUGUGUGUGUGUGUGUGUGUGUGUGUGUGUAAUUCACACAAUAAUAUUCCAGCAUCUAUAAUGGACUAUUAUUCAGCCAUAAAGAAGAAGAAAAUCUUCACAUAGAGAGUGUAACACAAAGCGAAAUAAGCCAGAGAAAGACAAAUGCCAUAUGAUUUCACUCAUAUGUGAAAUUUAAGAAACAAAACAAAUGAACAAAGGAGAGCCAAAGAGAGAGAGAGAGAGACAAACCCCAAACAGAUUUUAAGCUAUAGAGAGCACACUGAUGAUUACCAGAGGAGGGGUGGGGGGAUGGGUGAAAUAGGCAAUGGUGAUGAAGCCAUACGCUUGUCCUGAUGAGCAGCGAGUAAGGUAUGGGACAGUUGAAUCACUAUAUUGUACACCUGAAACUAGUAUAACACUACAUGUUAACUACACUGGAAUUAAAAUAUUAAAAAAACAAAUAAAAAGUUAAAGCCCUGAAAAUUAAGAUGCAAUUCAUGUCCAUCAGGUAAAUGAAAAUUACCUUUUAACAAACUAAAAAAGAAAAAGAACCAGUCUUAGUUUAUACUUCGUUUAUGCAAGGGUCCACUUUGGGUUUUCUUGCUCAGGCAUCUCUUCUCUGAGCAGUGGUUUGAUGAUGAUUCCAUCCUUUGGCUCCACCGUGUUCAGAUAGGGUGUCUGCUCUGCAGCCAUUUGGAAGAGAGAGGGAGCAUAUGCAAUCGGUCAUGGGAGCGUGCUGCGUGCCGGGCUUGAGGUGGUGCACGUAGCUUCUGCCGUGGCCCACUGUAGCACCGAGACCCUACCUCAUUACGAAGGAGGCUAGAGAAUGUCAUCAAGCUGUAUGCUCAGGAGGAAGAGAAAAUCAAUUUGAAGAUUAGCCAGUCAAGGCACAGUAUGUAAGCAGUGGGAAGUAUUGCAUAUUUUUUUUCAAGAUUUUAUUUAUUUAUUUCACUGAGAGAGUGAGAGAGAACACAAGCAAGGGGAGCAGCAGAGGCAGAGGGAGAAGCAGACUCCCUGCUGAGCAGGGAGCCUGAUGCAGGGCUUGAUCCCAGGACCCCAAGAUCAUGACCUGAGCCAAAGGCAGACGUUUCACUGACAGCACCCCAGGUGCCCUUGUGCAGAUAUUUUUCCUGUUACUAACCAGAAUAGCACCUUCCCAGCCACCUUGAGUAAGUAUGCAGUUCGUUACAUUUUAAUCUUCUGAAGAUUACUUACGAUACGUAACCUAAACAGAGGCAAACACAAGGCUGUUAGUAGCAGAACUGAAAGUGGAAGACGAGUUCCCUGACCUCUUGCAGAGUAUCAGUUCCUAAGUCACAUUCAUCUCCCUGAGCACAGACACGGUAGAGCCAAGACCAGGCUUGUGCCUCCAAACACAGCUUUACUGACAUGAAAGUCACACUUGGAGACCCAUCUGCUCUGCAGUUACAGAAAAGGUGUGAGUUCGUGGAAAGAACUGUUAAAGAAAAAUGUACAAUGAAAUGAUUCACAUACUCUUGCUUUUAACUAGUAAAAUUGCAGACACACACGCACACACACAAAUACAGGAAGAGAUCCACAGGGAGUCUCUCCUGAAGAAAAAAGUGGGCCGCCCCACAGUUUGUCAGGAUAGGUAGACUUUCUGGAAAAGGGGCGGGCUGAACAGCUCCAGUAAUAUCAUUAAGGAUGCGCGGAAGCGAGGUGAACUGCCAAGAGCGAAUACGUCUAGGUAUCUCUGUCUGCACCUGUAGCUGCCAUAGAAGUGCCGUUGUUGGGGUCCCAGUGUUUCUAAUCAAUUUUAAUUUUAGCUGUCUGAGACAAUGAUACAUUUUCCUGGCCAUCCAAAGAGUUGCUUCACCUUGGGAGAACACGAACCAAACAGAAGUCUUAGUAUCUUAUCUGCCAGCUCUGAGAGCUUGAGGGGAAAAACCCCAAACAUAUUUCAUUAGGCGCAGACACGAAGAUGGUGUGGAAGGGGGGAAACGGGUCCUCAUGGAGUCGGGGAGACAGGAGAGCAGCUUACCGAUCCAGCUGUGGAGACUAUGUCCGAGAAUCACAAUGAGCUGGCUCACUAACAGUACAGCCUCGCCUUUGUUUCCAAACAUCAGCGCGUCCUGGGUGCACGGCCCCUCGGAUGCAGGGCUGCCCCCGGGCACGGCCACCCACUUUGGCAGCUACAACCUCUCUCAAGCAGCUGGGAAUCUCUCCUCUGCCAAUGGCACCGCCGGUGACCCGCUGGGAGGUCACACCAUCUGGCAGGUGGUCUUCAUCGCAUUCUUAACGGGCGUCCUGGCCUUGGUGACCAUCAUCGGCAACAUCCUGGUGAUCGUGGCCUUCAAGGUCAACAAGCAGCUGAAGACGGUCAAUAACUACUUCCUCUUAAGUCUGGCCUGUGCGGAUCUGAUUAUCGGGGUCAUUUCCAUGAAUCUGUUUACCACCUACAUCAUCAUGAAUCGAUGGGCUUUGGGCAACCUGGCCUGUGACCUCUGGCUCUCCAUUGACUACGUGGCUAGCAACGCCUCGGUCAUGAAUCUUCUGGUCAUCAGCUUUGACAGGUACUUCUCCAUCACGCGGCCGCUCACCUACCGAGCCAAACGAACGACAAAGCGAGCUGGCGUGAUGAUAGGCCUGGCGUGGGUCAUCUCCUUCGUGCUCUGGGCCCCCGCCAUCUUGUUCUGGCAGUACUUCGUCGGGAAGAGGACCGUGCCGCCUGGCGAGUGCUUCAUCCAGUUCCUCAGCGAGCCCACCAUUACAUUCGGCACGGCCAUCGCUGCCUUCUACAUGCCUGUCACCAUCAUGACUAUUUUGUACUGGAGGAUCUAUAAGGAAACCGAAAAACGCACCAAAGAGCUCGCCGGGCUGCAGGCCUCGGGGACGGAAGCGGAGGCCGAGAACUUUGUCCCCCCCACGGGCAGCUCUCGGAGCGGCAGCAGCUACGAGCUGCAGCAGCAGAGCCUGAAGCGCUCGGCCAGGAGGCGGUACGGCCGCUGCCACUUCUGGUUCGCCGCCAAGAGCUGGAAGCCCAGCGCCGAGCACAUGGAGCCCGACCACAGUAGCAGCGACAGCUGGAACAACAACGAUGCCGCGGCGUCCCUGGAGAACUCCGCGUCCUCUGACGAGGAGGACAUCGGCUCCGAGACCAGGGCCAUCUACUCCAUCGUGCUCAAGCUGCCGGGUCACAGCACCAUUCUCAACUCCACCAAGUUACCCUCCUCGGACAACCUGCAGGUGCCCGACGAGGAGCUGGGCGCGGCCGACCUGGACAGGAAAGCCGGCAAGCUGCAGGCCCAGAAGAGCGUGGACGACGCAGCCGGCUUCCAGAAGAGCUUCUCCAAGCUUCCCAUCCAGCUGGAGUCGGCCGUGGACACGGCCAAGGCGUCGGAGGCCAACUCGUCGGUGGGCAAGAGCACGGCCACGCUACCUCUGUCCUUCAAGGAAGCCACUCUGGCCAAGAGGUUUGCCCUGAAGACCCGAAGCCAGAUCACCAAGCGGAAGCGGAUGUCGCUCAUCAAGGAGAAGAAGGCGGCCCAGACCCUCAGCGCCAUCCUGCUGGCCUUCAUCAUCACCUGGACCCCCUACAAUAUCAUGGUUCUGGUGAACACCUUUUGUGACAGCUGCAUUCCCAAAACCUAUUGGAAUCUGGGCUACUGGCUGUGCUACAUCAACAGCACCGUGAACCCCGUGUGCUAUGCGCUGUGUAACAAAACAUUCAGAACCACUUUCAAGAUGCUGCUCCUGUGCCAGUGCGGCCGGCACAAGCGGCGGAAGCAGCAGUACCAGCAGAGACAGUCCGUGGUCCUCCACAGGCGCGGGCCCGAGCAGGCCCUGUAGGGGGCGCUGUGCAGCGCGGCGGCCAGACGCACGGGGCCGCCCACAGACCUUAGGAGGGCGCCGGCGGAGGGGGGUGAUUCCCGGGGGCCAUAAAAAUGGGAUUUGUUGCUGUUGUUUUUUUAAUCACCCAGAGAAUGAAGGAAGCUCCCUGUUUACUGACCCAUUCAAUAAGUCCAUUUUAAUACAGAAAGAUACCAAUUCAGCAAAAAAAAAAAAAAA